CUAAUCCAACGGCACAGAGAGUUGCGUCAAUUUAAAGUCGGGGCCUAAGACCAAAGAGCUUUAAGACUCCACAAAAGCCCUCACUCUUAUAAAACCCUUGGCUAUCGCCGUCUCCCAAUUCACUCGCGCUCCGAUCCCCUGAUUUUUCCAAAUAAACGCAAGAUUUGCAGAUUCAUUUCUCCUCUCUUUGUUGCUUAAUGGCGUUGCCCAAUCAGCAAACUGUUGAUUAUCCGAGCUUCAAGCUCGUCAUAGUCGGCGAUGGAGGAACUGGAAAGACCACUUUUGUGAAGAGGCAUCUAACUGGAGAGUUUGAAAAGAAAUACGAGCCAACCAUUGGAGUGGAGGUUCACCCGUUGGACUUCUUCACUAACUGUGGGAAAAUCCGGUUUUAUUGCUGGGAUACUGCUGGGCAAGAGAAGUUUGGUGGUCUCAGAGAUGGUUACUACAUCCAUGGGCAAUGUGCCAUUAUUAUGUUUGAUGUUACUGCCCGGUUGACCUACAAGAAUGUUCCUACAUGGCAUCGUGAUCUUUGCAGGGUGUGUGAGAACAUUCCUAUUGUUCUCUGCGGUAACAAGGUCGAUGUAAAGAACAGGCAGGUCAAGGCAAAGCAGGUCACAUUCCACAGGAAGAAGAACCUGCAAUACUAUGAAAUUUCAGCCAAGAGCAACUAUAAUUUUGAGAAGCCUUUCUUAUACCUUGCCAGGAAGCUUGCCGGUGACCCUAAUCUUCAUUUUGUUGAGUCUCCUGCUCUUGCUCCUCCUGAAGUUCAUAUCGACUUGGCUGCCCAGCAACAGCACGAGGCUGAGCUUGCAGCGGCAGCCAGUCAGCCUCUUCCAGACGACGACGACGAUGCAUUUGAGUAGAAGAGAGGAUUUCAGUUCUUGUGCUGCUUUUUCUAUUUUCAGCUCGGUUGGAUUUGUGUUGUCAUUUUAAUAUUUUUCAUUAUUAAACGGGAAGAAAUAGGGGAUGGUUUGUGAGGUCGUUUGAGGACACGGGGCAUUUGUAGUUUUAGCUACAAAUUUUCGAAUAUAAUUGUUGUUAUGGUGGAUUUUGUUUCCGACUUUCUGUUUAUUGUCGGUGUUAUGGAUUUUGCCAUCCAUAUGCGAUAUGAGAUUCUUGAGAAGAAUAUUGGAAUUUCCACUUACCCUCAUUUUGCAAGUUGAUGUGAACUGGGAUCAAAAGCGAAAGCCGAGGACAUGAUGAGCCCCAAGUCGACGGGAAAUAAAUCGACAACCCUCCUUUAUCUAAACACCAUCUAGGCUUCUGUUUUGUACCCAACUUUGUAUGUUCUUUAUUUGAAAUCCCAUCAUGCUUGUUAAA